GAACUAUGGCCUCUCAAGAACUUAAUCAUGAGACUAAUAUUGGUGUCCACUUUAUCAAGAUUAUUCUUCAAACUUCCCUUCAACAAGGAAAACUGAGAGUGCCUAUAAGUUUUGUGAGGAGGCAUUGGAAAGGAAUAACAAACCCAGUUACUCUAAGGCUUCCAAAUUCGACCGAAAAGAAAGUUUCUUGGGAGAAAACUAGUGAUUAUGAUGUUUGGUUUUGCAAUGGUUGGAGAGAAUUUGCAAAUUACUUGUCUUUGAGUGAUUUACAAAUUUUGGUGUUUCAAUAUCAAGGAAAUUCGCUCUUUAGUGUGAUUGGAUUUGGAAAAUGCGGAUUAGAAAUAAAAUACCCUUUAAACGAAACUAGUGAAAAAGCUGAAGAAGUCGAAGAAAGUGAUUGUUCUUUGAAAAUUAUUGAAGAGACGCCAUUAUUGCGGGGUAAAAGGUCAAAAUCAUCAUCGCGAUCUUCUAAAAUUCGUAAGAAGAUUAAAAUCAUCCCAAAUGAACAAAAAGAAUAUAAGUAUGAGAAGAGAAAAGUCCAAGAACAUCCAAGAUUUCCUAAUUUUAAGGAUAUGGACAUUGGAAGUAGUAGUGAUGAUCUUAAGGAGAGAAGCAGAGAUUUGCACGAAAAAGUGAAGAAAAAAUUCAAAUCUGAUAAGGACUUCUUCACAUCUAUGAUUCACAAGACAUACAUUGAGAGAGAUAUCUUGGGCAUACCAAUUGAGUUUGCUAAGACACAUCUGUACAGGAUGGAAGGAAGAAAUGCUAUACUUUUUGUUGAUCAAGAAAGAACAUGGAAUGUUGAUUUGAAGAUUGGUGCAAAUAAUCAAUAUAAACUUGUGGAUGGUUGGAGUAAAUUUUGUGCUGACAAUAAUUUGAAACUUGGUGAUGUUUGUGUUUUUAUACUAAACAAAUGCAAAGGAACUAUUUCAUUCCAAGUUGUUAUUUUCUCUCUAGAAAAGGACAUGAAGACUCCAUAUUUUCAAGGAAAUUCCAGUAAACUAUAUUAGGAAAUUCAUUUUAGAAAAUGAGAAAUUUGUGAUGCGAUAUGGGAAAAGUUUGGUGCUAGAUUCUCUAAGGUUGGCUUGAAUUUGUGAAGAGUAGUGACUUUGAAAGA